AUGGCGCCUGCGAGGGGCUCAAUGGACAGCGACCACUACGAUGACGACCACAGUACUGAUGCCGAAUUCGAGAAGGAGCUCGUUCCGCCUCGAAAAAGUGGUGUCCGCAAACGGCUCAGUGAGGCAUUCAUUCCGGAAAACGACAGCUUCACCUCAGACUCCGGUCGCGUCCCUCUCAAAUCGGUCAGCAUUAACGAUGACACUGCAGAGAAGAGGAGAAGAAGGAAGAGCACCAAGAUUCCUGGAGUUGAGGCCCCGGUUGCUGGCCCUUCGAGCGAUCCUAAUGAUCAGGGUGACACUUCGCGCACCAACAGACCGAAGCAGCAGCUCAAUACAGUUGCCCCACCUGUCAUCAAGGUACCACUGGAUGUUAUGAGCUCCAACUUUGAAGAGUGGAUGAAGAUGGCAACAGACAAUAAAAUUAAUGCCGCCAACUCAUGGAAUUUUGCCCUUAUUGACUAUUUCCAUGACAUGUCACUACUCAGGAAUAACGACGACAAUUCCAUCAACUUUCAACGCGCGUCAUGUACUCUUGACGGUUGUGUCAAAAUCUGGACGAGUCGGGUUGACAGCGUCGGUUCUGAAACUGCCAAAUUGGCAAGUAAUCUUGCGUCUGGUCGAAGCGAUGAGGCGGAGCAAUCGGGCCAAGAGGAUGUAGAGGAGGACCCGACGCAACCGAAAAAGAAGAAGCAUCGUUCUGCUGCCACCCUCGUCAAGGACCCUUCCCAACUCCGGGUCAAAAAACUUGAGCUCGAAUUCAGUGUAGAUCCGUUGUUUAAGAAGACCUGCGCCGAUUUUGAUGAGGGUGGUGCCCAAGGCCUUCUAAUGAACCAUCUCAGUCUCGGUGUUGGUAACGAUGGCGGGCUAAGGGUUGUUUUUGACGCGGGUGACUCUAUAAGCAAGGGUGAAGAUGACGAAGAUGUAGAUGAACCAGAGGAUUUCAUAGAUCUGAGCUAUCUUCGCAAGGAAUUUCUACCCGAUCUUAAUGCCCUAGAGUCUAAGGAGAUUUGUCACUCUCUCAAAAACUUCGCCUUUUCCAAGAAUAACUUUUCGUCUGCGGAUACGACUUUCUACCGGGACAAUUCACAAGCCGACUUCGAUGAUGAUGACGAAGAGUUUGGCCCGGCGGAUAGCUUCGACAUGGAUACCGACAAUAGAGAACAACCCGUUGAAGAUUUCUUCCAAGGGGAUGAAGCUCCAGCAGACGCUUAUGCAGACGAAUCAUUCGAUGGCGAUAACUUUGGAGGAGAAGACUUCGGAGGCGGAGACGAGCAUUCCAAUGGCUCUUAUAGUGGUUCCGCUGACAAGGAAGGCAAUGGUACGGGUGCCUAUGCACCGUUCGAUCCUCGUCAAGCUUCCAAUGACCAUAACCUUGUAUUGGCCAUGGGAGAUGACGUUGAUGCUACCAUGGACUCCUUUGACAAGACCUUUAAUACGAAUUGGGCGGGUCCCGAGCACUGGAAGCUCAGGAGACUCUUCAAGAAACCAGCGGAGGCAGAUGCAACCAAAGGUCCCAAACCCCGCCGAGAGAAGAAGGAAGCGUUUAAGAUCGACUUUCUGACACCACCGGACCCAAACAAGGACCUGGAUGAUAUAAAGAAGGAGCUGUUUGCGCCAGCAACUAGGGGUGUCGGCAUCAAUCUUCCAGGAACUAGCGCUGCCGCCCGGAAGAGCAAGAAGAAAGGGAAGGACAAUGAAAAACGCGAUGAUCAUAGGCUUCCCGAUGACAUGCACUUCACGAGUAAACAGCUAGUUUCCCUCUUCUUGAAGCCCAAGUUUUCACUCAAAAUGCGGGGUCGUCGCUUUGAUAACAGUGAAGAGGGCGGAGAAGUUGACGAGAGAUAUUGGGCGCAAGCUGCCGCAGAUCAAGCCGCUGGGCGGGGUAAUAUCGACCAAACUGAGAAUGGCGGCGCGGUUCCAUUCAAUACGCAGUUCUUUAAUGAAGACGACGACGACGAUGUCCCAGUCUUCGGUUUCGAUGAUGCUUUUGAAGCUGAUGGAAUGGGUGUUCCGGCAGAAGAAGAUCUUUUAGCGGCUACUCAAGGUCAAACGCGCCGCAUCAAGCCUGCCUUUGUCAACUAUACCAAACGAGCGAAACGAGUUGACGUGAGAAAGUUGAAGGAGAAUAUCUGGAAAGGCCUCGAUAUCGUAGUGUCUCAUGGUAAAGCGGACGAUGGAAUGGAUGUCGACGAAGAAGUGACGUCGACUGACCCUGCGGAAGCUCGGGAAUUUGGAUCUGUGUUAUCGGGAUUGCAGACCUCUUAUCCCCAAGAUAAGUUGCAGGAACUAAGUACAAGCUUCUGCUUCAUUUGCCUACUGCAUCUUGCGAACGAGCAAGGACUUAAGAUCGAAAAUGGAGAGAGUUCAACGACGGGCAUAGAAGAGGUGGAGGGUGUCGGGAAUAUAUGGGACCUAAAGGUGUUCAGAGAUCCGACUGCUACGCCUUCGGCGUGA